AGACAAUGGCUUCAUUUGCAUAUCCUACGCUCGCAGUUGUUUCGCUCUUCCUAUCUUUGGCUGUUUUUGCUAACGAAAAUUCAACAUCUUCACCAGGAGGUAAAAAUGUUGCAAUAGACCAGCCAAUGACAAACCUUAAUUUGACAAACACAACGAAUAGAUGCGAAAGCCACAAGCCCAAACUUCGAAUUAGUGAAUCGGAUGUUAAGAAUAUUAUUAAUGCCAUGCAUAAGUAUACUACCAAUGGGGUGGAGAUAGAAUUGACAAUCGACUCAAAGAACGAAACGCGAUCCUUUCCUAAGUAUAAAUGGUCUUGGGCAGGCGAAAUUGGUCGAACAAUUAUUUCAUUGAUAACAUCUGUAGCAGGCAAUAAGUUUUUCUGUUUUACGCUAACACCAGGGAUCGCAAAGGUGAAUGUUGUUGUCUCUGAGUUAACUGACGGAUGUCUGCCAACCGGAAACAAUGGAACUGAACUUGUUUUCAACUUUCUCCUACACCAGCUUUCUCAUUUAGACGACACUCACGAUUAUAAGUUAUGUCACCCUCACGAUGACGAGGACGACUUGAAACAAUAUAACUGUUGCAGAAUAACCACUGGUAACCUCACAAUUUGUGCUGAUUAUGCUUCAAUGCAGAUCGCUAGAGCCAAUGCAUACGUAAGAAUCGUCGCACUUUUCUUGAGUUCUAUUUUAUUCCCUUUAAUCAUACAACAUUUGGGAUCAUCUUCGAUAGUAAAAGAAGAUUAUGAAAUAAGUUACAGUCCAUUAGCGAUUUCAACAAUUUUUUAUACCCUUUUCGUCGCGGGGCGUGGCUUUCCAAUAUCUAUUUUUCGAAGGCUUUUCGUAUGGCUUUUACUUGGAUUACUGCCUUUUAUAAUUUUACCUCUCGUUCCCGCUAUCCUUGUAUCCGUAGCAUUCUUUUGUGCCAUGGUGCCAUUUGAUAUUUUUUACCUAAACGACCCGGAACACUAUUUUGAUGAUCAAAGCUUUAAUAAUUAUAUAUUUACAAUCACUUCUCUUUUUAAUAUUAAACUCUGGUGGAGACUUUUCUGUUCAGUGAUUUUUCGUUUUAAAAGAAAAAGAGCAAUGAUUUUGUGGGCUAUAAUUUCCGUUUUUCUCUUUCCAAUCGUCUACAUUAUUGUUUUUCUUUCCGUUAUGUUAACUGUAGGGCAUGUAAUAAUAAAGAAAUUACGGCCUAGAAAUCCUAGAAAUUGGAUCCAACAUCAUCACCCUCUGUUGCUUGUUGGAAAGUUUUGUUUAUCCUUAUCUGCAGCAAUUUGGUGUAUCUUUACCACUUCCGUUUUCUCGAAUCUUAUUUUCUUAAUGAUUGCUGGUAUUUGUCUUAAUGCACAACUUUACAUUCCAUACCUCAUACCCAUUAUAGCUGUUAUAAUCUAUUCGUUAAAGCAAUGGAGAUUGUCAGUCGAAACAAAGUACUUAGUUCUUAAAAUAAACAUUUACAAAGUAUGCAAGGAAUUAUGGGAAGAGAACAAACCAAAAGGAAUAACCGAAUCACCAAUGUUUCUUGUUGAUGUUACUAAUGGCAAGGUUCCCAAACCUCUCUACAACAUGGCAAGAGAAGCGAUUUUGCCAUUUGACAGAGUCUUCUUCUAUUUCUUUGUCAAAAUAUUUUUGGUUGCAAAUUUCUUUCUUCUUUUAAUUUUCAUGAUUUCCUCAGGCCAAGAAUCUAACAUCUCCGUAACGAUUCAAAUAAUCAGCACAAUUACAUUGAGCACGUUGCCGUUUAUAUUCGAUACUUUAUGGAGAAAAGAUACCUCUGAACAAAAUCAACUCGAUAACAUGAAGCAAAAGAUACAAAUAAGGUCCAUGAUGACACUGGUGGAAAAAGAAGACACCGUAGCAACAAACUCCGGUCAUAAACUGAUGUCUUCAACCAUUAUCACUGUACACAACAGAUAAUAAACGACAUGUUUUCAGUAAACAGAGUUUAUUAUAAAGCUGUCGUUGUCAUGUUGCCGUCCUAAAUUGUAACUGACUAAUUUCGCGCCCGGUGUUUGUGCACUUAUAAAUUCAGUCGUUUUUUUCCCGAAGCAUAACUUUGCCAGUCGGAGGAAAAUAAUCAUCUCAUUAAAUGAACAAGCAAAUUAUCAAAUUGUCAACAUUUUGACUUGUCGCUUUCCCAUACACAAUUCUUAUUGUUAAUAGUGAGCAUGAUUAGUGAGAUUUGACUUUUACUAGUGGUAAACAAACAUUUGUAAAUAAUCUUAUAGUAUCAUAGUAUUUCAUUGUUAGCACAUUGUAUGUAACUGAUUCACAUAUGUAAUCUUUUCUUUUUUUCUAAGUAAGCAACUGCAAAUUACCUAAUAAA